AUGGACGCCACGGGCAAGCCCCACCGGAUCCCUGCGGAGAUGGCACUCUACGCCGAGAAGCACCGGGUCUUCGAACUCAUGCAGACCCUCCUGGAAGCCCUCCUCAUCUACCGCCCGGCGGAUCCCGUCGAAUUCAUGAUCGAGCACCUGCUGAAGGACAAUGACGAGGUGCCCAGGGUCUUCGUGGUGGGGCCCCCCGCCUCUGGCAAGACCACCAUCGCCCGCUGGAUCUGCAAGCAUCUGAGGGCAUCCUACCUUUGCCCGCAGGACCUCGCGCGUCAGAGGACACUCGGAAAGUCCAAGGAGGCCCUCUCCUACCUGGCCCAGCAGGAGCCGAUCCCCGUUGAGCUGUGGGCCUCCCUUCUGGGGGAGCGCUUGUCUGCCGAGGACUGCGUGAAUCUGGGCUGGGUGCUGGACGGGUUUCCUGAGACGAGGGACCAGGCGCUGCAGCUGCAGACCAAGGGCAUCCUCCCCCGGCACGUCAUCGUGCUCUACGCGCCGGACACCGUCCUGAUCGAGAGGAACCUGGGAAAACGGGUGGACCCCUACACGCAGGAAGUCUACCACGCCACGUUCGACUGGCCGAUCGACUUCAUGGUGCAGAGGCGCCUGAAGGUCCCGGAAGGCAUCUCGGAGCAAGCCACGGCCAGCCGCCUUCUGGAGAGCCAUCGCAACAUCCCCGCCAUCGUCCAGACUUACCAGUGGAACCACAAGGCCAUCAACGCCGACCAGCCCUGCGUGGACGUCUUCGCCCAGGCCCUCAAUUUCGUGCUAAGCCGCCCGGAGUCCAACGCGCCCUUCACACCCCGCGUCCUCCUCCUGGGUCCCCGGGGCAGCGGCAAGAGCUUGCAGGCCGCUCUGCUGGCGCAGAAAUAUGGGCUGGUGGACCUCUGCUUGAGGGAGCUGCUGCACGAGAAGGUGGCCGCCAAGACAUCCGUGGGCGACCUCAUCAAGCCCUUCUUUGACAGCGGCUACCCCGUGAAUGACAACAUCGUCCUGCGGGUGCUGAAGGACCGGCUGAGCGAGCAGGACUGCCUGGCCCAUGGCUGGGUGCUCCACGGCUUCCCCCGCGACGUGGACCAGGCCAGCCUCAUGAUGCACACCGGCUUCGUGCCCAACCGGGUGUUCUUCCUCAACUUGCCCACCGAGGUGGCCCUGCAGCGCCUCUGCCAGCGGGCCACGGACCCGAUCUCGGGCGAGAGGUACCACAGCAUCUUCAAGCCGCCCACCGAGGCGGAGGUGAACCAGCGCUUGCUCCAGAACCCCAAGGACCAGGCUGGCCGGGUGGAGGUGAAGGUGGAUCUGUACCACCAGCAGGUGACGGAGCUGGAGGACUUCUACGAGGACGGCAUCCUCCUCAACGCCGACCAGGAUCCUUACACCAUCUUUGAGCACAUCGAGAGCUGCUUGAUGAAGCCCUUGCCCAUCGCUGGGCAGUGA